AUAAUGCAUACAUUAGCAGUUAUCCCAAAAAAGGAAACAGAUAGCAAUAGCAAAGAGAUGUCUCUCAAUAUCCCUCCAUCUGAGACAGAUAUGGCCACUUCAAGUUUCAUCAGCAAAAAAAAUGGGCGCAUAAAACAUCCUAUGAAUGCAUUUAUGAUAUGGGCAAGGAUUCACCGCCAAAUGAUUGCACGGUCAAAGCCAGAUCUCUGCAACAAAGAUAUCAGCAUUCAUUUAGGAUAUGAAUGGCGAAAACUCACAGAGGAGCAGAAAAAGCCUUAUUACGACGAGGCCUUCAAAUUAGAUAGACAACACCAGGCAUUGUUUCCAGACUGGAAAUACGAGCCAAAACGUCGGAACAAAAAAUACUCGGACGAGUCCGCUCAAAUGCCCAGCUCUUCUCAAUGCAAAGAAAGUCAAACUCUGGUACAUGAGAGCAAAAUACCUGCCUUGGUAUGCAAUCAGCCACUUAAUGACACACACGACAGAGGAGGAAAAUUACAGCACAAUAAUGAUCCAUUCUCCAAUCAGCAACCAAAUCAGAUACCGGUGCCUCCCACCAGGACUAAGCCAACCGGGGUCCUGGCGCGCACACAUAAACCUCGUACUUCAGCCAUAUGCAGUUCAUCACAAGCAGAAUCUACAUUUCCUAACAAUGGAGGAGGAAAGUUAAAGCAAAAUAAUGAUCCACUCUCCAAUCAGCAACCAAAUCAGAUACCAGUGCCUCCCACAAGGGUUAGACAGCCUGCAAGGCAGGUAGAUCAGGCCUUGAACCCGGAGAAUUCAUCACAAGCCAACCGUAAUAACCAAUGCCUGACUAAUUCAGUACUUGGCAACUUCCUUGUUCCCGAUCGCCAUGUUAACAGAGGAUAUCACAGGGAUCCUUCAAGUGCCUUGCCAACACCCAUGCCUAUCCAUCCCACUAUGGCUUUCCUCCCCUUCUAUCCCGGCCAUGCUUAUCCACUUUCUUAUUUAGGAUUUUCUGACUAUUGUACCAGUCCUCCAUAUUUUGAGUACUACCAUGCCUUUCAUACAUCUGGACCUCAUUUCCUUCCACUCAGGUAA